GUCGUCCUCGACUCAACAACAACAGAUGACCUCUAGUACAGAUGCCUCUACUGGACGUGCUGGCAACACGAAAACCGUGAGCGCGCCUAAGAAGCAACAUUGGAGGCGACUAAAUUUGAGGUCAAAGACAGCAUCGAAUCGUGCUGAGGCCAAUGCACAGCAAGCCUUGCAGCAAUCAGUGGCUGGUGAUCAGCACAUGAUUAAAGCUGCUAUCGGGAAUGACGAAAGUACAGGUGCCGGAAGUGGAGUCAUGGAUGUCGUGAAUGGUAAGGUGAGUAAAAAUCUCCUACCACCAAGUCGAAAUUAUGAUCUUCACUCGUCACAAGAUCAACAGAGGGACGAUAGGGAACAGGAUGGAACAACUGCCAGUGGUAAAGCCGCUAGUGGUAAAGCGUUCUUGGAAGAUCUUCAUAGGAGAGGUGGAGUUGCGCAGCUGCAUGGUCCGAAUUACCCUGUAGUUGUAGGAGACACGCAGGAACUACAAGCAGCUGGAACGUCUUCAUCAUUAAGUUUAAAACUGUCUCAGCCUGCUCUAUCCAAGUCCAACGCGGCAGGACCGGGAGCAGCAGUUGGAGCAGGCACCAGCCAAGCAGGCCAAGUGAGCAGAGGUGGACAGCUCAGCAAGAUGAAGAGUUCUUUGCUUGUUGAGGAUGAGCGAGAAAAGUAUACGGAGCAGGUUUUGACAGAGCUCGUAAAUGCGGUAGGAGGCAACGCGAACGGUCUUGAAGAACGCGGAGAUCACGAUGGAGACACGGAGGAGGACCAUAAACGCGUAAUCCGUCUGGUGGUGCCUCCUAGGCCAAAGUGCUUACCAAGAAAAAUGCGCCGUCUCAAUCCACAGCCUACAGCAUCUACAGAAGGAGCUAGUAGACGACGAAGCCCAGCAAGAAGUCCAGCUCGCAUCCUGAUCCAGCAGCAAAGUGAAACCAAAAGUAUUGUUGUUGAACAAGAAGCUGAUGUUGCGGUUGCUCGAACUCGAGAUGAAGAUGAAAACAAGAUGCAAAUUGAGCCUCCAGAAAUAAAGGUGGAAGAUAGAAAUGCGAACCCAGCAGAUGUUGUUCAUCUUGCCUCUAGUGCGACUACUUCUGCUACCUCCGACAACACGAUCAUGAAUUCUUCCAGUACUCCUGCUCGUGUUCUUCCACCUGCAGAAACGGAAACUUCUGCAACGAGUGAAAAAACCUCGACGUCGCACGGCCAGAGCCACGACAGGAGUGGCGAAUACAUGGUUGGUGGCAUCGCUCGCGAUCCGUACGAUGAGGUUUGCUGUGGUUUUAGUUACUUGAAUGCGACCGCCUAUGCUGUGCGGGAAAUGCAAGACAAGCAUGGAUCCUGGAAGUGUGUGCGUACUGGGAAGGAGUAUCGUCCUGGGGAGCUUUGGCCGAAAAGUACUGGAGGUUCAGCAGAUGUUGCUGAAGAAAUGUCAGAGCUGUGUGGCAGAAAAAGUGAAGGAGAAGAAGAUGACGAGAGUGGCGAACCUGUCGGAGGCUCGGACUUCUCCUUAGUGUUGCCUACGAAUAAAGAGGCUGUUGAAGGUAUUUAUUCAUGUUUAAAAAUAUGAUACAACAUCCUGCAGCUCCGCGACUGGCAAAUAACUCCUACAAUAACAAUCCUGCCUUCAAAAACAAAGAGAUGAAGAUGAAAAAAAACUAAAUUCAUAUCGCCUCGAGUUCUUUUACGUUUAGUCUGCCCAUCCUCAUGAUCCACACAACGUCAGGUCCUCCAUCGUUGCUUCAGCGAUUGAAAGCGUGCCAUUUAGAGUGGGUGAAACCCCGAGUCGUCAUUUAUGACGUCGAUGUGCAUCACGGUAACGGUACGCAGGCCGUGUUCUACGACGAUCCUACAGUGCUCUUCGUCAGUAUUCAUCGCGGGCAGCUCUCGAUCGAACAUCAGGUAUAACAUACUUUAUCAUUUUUUUUCAGUUUCACCAGGAUAAGCAGGAUGCAUUUUUUGCAUGAUUUACCGAGCCGAAGCUGAAUAUAUAUGCCAAACGACCCAUCAAAUUUUCAACAGAGUACACCCGACUACGUGGGUAUCGGCGCGGGCGAGGGGUACAACGUGAAUCUUCCUCUAUGUCUGCACGAUGGAGAUGUGGUAGCGUUAUCCUACACGCACGCGAUCGCUUGUCCGGUCAUAGAGCAGUUCCAACCGGACUUGAUUGUGGUUUCCUUGGGAUUCGACGCCCUGGACGUCCAAAAUUCCCAGCACUGUGGCGAACAGAUUCAGGCAGCUGGCUGUGAUUGUCUUUUUUCACCUAUGGUCUUCGCCCACAUCAUCCGUGCAUUGCAGCCGUUGUGUCCAAGGAUAGUGCUGCAUUCGGAAGGAGGGUACUUACGACUUAGAACAAUUAUUUUCACAUAAUUUCACAGUCAUACUACAAACAAGAUGGAUUCAUCAUCUAACUGAUUGUGGUCACCUCCACCUUCAAGCACCGGAAUGAAUAAAAUCAUUUCCCCGCCCCUACUAAGUACUUUUCAACAUAUUCUAUCUUCCAGGUACGACCCCCAGCAAUGCGGUGAAGCGGCGCGACAUUCGUUGAAAGCUUUGCUCGGACAGCCGCUUGACCCUUGGCGGGGUGAGGCGGGUGAAGACAGGCUCCUCUACCGCCGAAUCCAUAACUUCGUAAAGCAUUUUAGCCGUUUUGGAUGGCAAUUUCCCGUUCGAAAUGCCGCUGAAAACUUCUGGAAGCUGCAACAAGGGAACUUCCCUUGAAAUGGUCGAGCUCGAGGAAGUUUUAGUUUAAAAUGUGUGGACCGACGUGGCGUCGACGAGGAGUUUAUCUGAAUUUCAGUUUUACACAGAUUAAUGAAGAUGGUAUUGGUACGCAACACCAACACCAACAUAUUUAAUAUAUAAAACCUCUUCGUUUCUUCUAUCAAUUUGGAUGAAUGCACCAUCAUGACCAUAAGGCUUUCGUCGCCUCUAUGUUUCAAAUCUACUCCAAUUUUUCGUUGAUCUUCGUACCCUCGCAUGUAUUGUGCUCGCACAAGGAGAAAAGAAAGGAAAGAAAUAUGCUCACAUCUUCGACAGGGAGAAAAGAAUGGAAAGAAAAAUGCUCAUAAGAAAGGUCGGUAGGGCUUUCUUAGACAAGCAAGUCACAGUCAGUGAAGAUUAGAUCAUGCAACUCAUGUUGGUCGUGCCUAUUUCCAUUAGCGCAGGCUAUUUGAUGAGUUUGCUAUUGUAGGAAAUCGAAAUUGAUGUUUCUUGUUCAACCAAAUGAAUGAAAAAUAGAGAAGGUGGCGAACACCUUGUCAUGAUUGUUUCUAUUUUCGAAUAAGUAGGUAUACGCAAGAACGACCAUAACCAAAAAACUAGCGACUUUCACUUCGUAGUUCUUCGAUCUAUCUAAUACAGCUAGAAGAGGAUCUUCCACCAAGAAUUCAUACUUACACACAUGAUGAUGGACAAACGAAAUUAUAUGUUCGUCCCACCACGACAUCGCCACAGCGACACCCUUUGCUAACACUGAUAAUAGUUGAUACAACCUAGAUGGAAGACUCCGUCUUGCGCUUCAGCUAUCAAGAAAUUGCCAACGGUUACCCAACUAGCACCAAAAGAAAUACUCACGACACGAGUAGGAAUGCAGUAUUGAUGUUCCACAAUAAUGAAACAGCGUCCUACAGGUUCUUCUAGUAGCUCCUUGGUCACUUGCGCUGUUUUUAAGGAAUGAAAAAUUCAUGCUCUGUCGGUCUCUGUUGGUUGUAUUUGUUUUGACCGUUAAGCUUAAGACGCAUGAUUUAAACUUUGAUUUUUCCUACUAGUUCG